AUGUCGAGUUUAUCUGACUCCGAUGUCACGGUUCUCACGGCAAACAAUUACGUCCCAUGGGCACGCAAUUUCCGUGCGGUUGCACAAGAAAAGGACGUCUGGAUGCUGUUCACCGGAGAUGAGCCCAUCCUUCCAAAGCCCGACUUCGAAGCCAUGCUGGAGGAAGCAACGGACAAAGACGGGCACGCAGGCAUACUGUUUCUGCAGAUCACUUACAAGAUGAACUCGGUCGAUCCAGUCAUCCGAUAUGAAAUCACUGGUAUGACGCCAAACCAGGCAUAUGUAUACCUCCAGGAGACAUACAAAUUCGACAACGUACGCGCCCGCAAGAUCGCCGAAGAGAACCUUGCGAAUCUUACCUUCAGCCCUUCCGAACCUGCUAUGACCUUCGUCAACAAGGUCCGCAUCCUUCAACGGGACAUCAGAGACGCCGAGGGUAAUUGCACCAACGCCAUGGUCAUGUACACGAUCACUCGAAGUCUCCCUAAGGAUCGUUUCGCUGACUUCCUUACCAGCAUCAAUAUCAUCAAAGACAUGCCAAAGGCCAAAGAGGUGACCAUGUCCGAAUUCAUGGGGCGUCUCGUGUUCGCCGAAGCCGUUCCUCCGAAGGUCGCUAGCUCUACCGAAGGUUGA